UCGCUCUCCAUGUGUAUUUUGUGCGCGCGAGCGACGAUUCCGCGAUCCGCGGCACCAUGAGACCCUGCCACGGCGGGCUUGACCUUGAGACGCAGCAGCCGUGAUCGGUAGCCGCGGCCUCAACAGCCACCGACCGACCAACGCUCCCAACAGAGAAGAAACGUCAGGCAUCGAUCAACAUGUCACGCUGGUUUGGCUUUGCACUCGUUCUGCAUUUCAUUGCGAGUUUGACUCAUGUCUUCGCAGAUUUCCGACAUAUCUCCUACAAUGAUCUGGCGAAGAAGCAGGAGUUCCAGCAGGAGGGCGUCUCCUCUUUCUCCCAGCUGCUGUUCGACGUCGCGAGGCAGCAAGUAAUCGUCGGGGCAAGAGAUAACCUUUACCGUUUGACCCUGACUACGCUUACGCCGAUAGAACAUGCAGCUUGGCCCGCAGCCAAAGAUAAGACCACCUCGUGCCAGGACAAAGGACAGAGCGUCGAAGACUGCCACAAUUACAUCAAAGUUCUUCUCAGCAAUGGCAAGAGCCUCUUCACCUGCGGCACCAACGCCUUCAGCCCCAGAUGCUCGUGGCGAGAGAUCGAGAAUAUCAACAGCGUGACCAGCUCGAUGUCCGGAGUGGCGAUGUGUCCUUACUCUCCGCACUCGAAUGUCACUGCCCUCCUAGCACGAGGACAGUCUGGAGGACUUUUUGCGGGCACACCGACCGACUUCUCCGGCGCCGACACUGCAAUCUACCGUACCCUCGCCUCGCCCAACUUAAGGACGAGGCAGUACGACUCCAAGUGGUUGAACGAUCCCCAAUUUGUCGGUAGCUUCGAGACCGAUGACUACGUCUACUUCCUUUUCAGGGAAUCGGCUGUGGAGUACAUCAAUUGCGGCAAGCGAAUCUAUUCGAGAAUUGCUCGAGUCUGUAAAUACGAUCCUGGCAGUCCGAUGCUUAUGAAAGAUACUUGGACGACGUUCAGCAAAGCUCGCUUAAACUGCUCCCUUCCUGGGGAAUUCCCAUUUUAUUACGACGAGAUACAGGGCGCAGCUUAUCAACCCGAGGAGGGCCUCGUCUAUGCAACUUUUACCACGCCGAGCAACGCCAUCGCGGGAUCGGCGAUCUGCGCGUUCAACAUGUCGGCGAUCGCCGCGGCCUUCGACGGGCCGUUCAAGCACCAGGAGAACUCGGGUGCCGCGUGGGAGAGGAAGCCGGUCGCCCACGACCAGCAGAAAUGUGGAUUCGCUAGCAGUACCGGCUCCCGCUACCUCACCGACAAUCAGCGUUACCAGCUGAUGGACGAAGCCGUUCAAAGCGCAACCCCGAGGCCCCUCCACACGGCCACCCUCGAACGGUUCACGCACUUAGCAGUAGACGUGACGCCAACUAAAGUACACAAAGGCGUCGCCGUACUCUACGUUGCCACAACCGACGGUUUGAUAAAGAAAAUAUCGGUAUUACCUCGGACCCUUGAGACGUGCAUCGUCGAGAUUUGGGGCCCACUUCCGUCCACACCAAUAACCUUGCAGUAUUUAAAGGAGACCAAGAGUCUUUAUGUUGGGAUGCAGAGUGCCUUAUUGAGGAUACCGACAGUACAGUGCUAUCGGCACCGUAACCCCCAGUCCUGCCUCAACGCCCAGGAGCCCUACUGCGGCUGGGACGAGCACCUCAUGGUUUGUCGCCCCGCCCCGGCCCAGACGCCCGACGGUUAUCUCGCGACCCAUUGGCAGCAGGAUGCCACCAAGUGUCCGAUCCUCACCGGCCCCGUUAAUGGCGGCUGGAGUGCCUGGAGUACUUGGCACACGUGUCUUCACGAGACUUCCCAGUCCUCCAACGGACAUCCCUCCAAUUCGAGAUCGGCCGACGAUCAAAGCUCGGACACCUGCCAGUGCCAGACGCGCGAAUGCAACAAUCCGCCAUCGCAGAAUGGGGGCACCAGCUGCACGGGGAGUCGUAUGCGCGUGGCUAACUGCACGAGCCACGGCGGCUGGACCGCCUGGUCGGCCUGGUCCGCGUGCAGCCAGAGCUGCGGCCCAGCCAUGAAGACACGCAGGCGCACCUGUACGAAUCCGACGCCCCAGCACGGAGGCCGAGUCUGCCUCGGCACCGAUCACGAGGAGAACUUCUGCAUCGAGCAGCCACCCUGCCCGAGCCCAGUCAAGCCCUCGGUCAUCGUGCCGCAGUGGGGCGCCUGGUCCGGAUGGGGUCCUUGGAACGCCUGCUCCAAGCCUUGUGGCGGAGGUUUCAAGAUAAGAAAGAGAAUAUGUGAAAGUCAGUCGCGCCAUGAUGGUGCCGUUGAAUGUCCUGGAUGCAAUUUCCAGAUCGAGGAGUGCAAUAGCCACGCUUGCCAAGAGACGAAGAAAUACUUCUCGUCGCCGUGGAUGGCCGGGGGUAAUGGGACGAGCGGUAGCGGGCGUAUGGAGAGGCGCUAUCGGUUCGUCUGUCGCGCUCAAACGGACGAUCCCUCGAGCGUGAAGGUCCAGGCGAAAGAAGAGGAGCGCCAUUGUCGCAGCGACGGCUCCUGCAGCAGAAGAAGCAGCUCGAUAAAUAUCGAGACGAGUCUCGAAAGUGGCUGGUCCGACUGGUCGAGCUGGUCGCCCUGCAGUCAUUCAUGCGGCGGCGGCACGCAAUACAAGAUAAAGCAGUGCGACUCGCCGUCGUGCGAGGGCCCGUUGACGGAGAGCCGCGCCUGCAAUACGAAACCCUGCAGGGGCCUGAUCUUCCAGCAGGGCAGCCCAGAGCCGGAACCCGAGGGACAAUGGUCCUGCUGGAGUAGCUGGAGCGAGUGCUCGGUGUCCUGCGGUUUUGGCGUGCGAACUCGGGGCCGCGAGUGCCUCGGGCCCGGCGAGUGUCUCGGACCCUCGCGGCUCCGCGAGUCCUGCGAGAUGCAGAGCUGCGAGUUCUUCCGCGGCUGGGACACGUGGUCGGCCUGGGGCAGGUGCGACGAGUACAAUCUCCAGCGUCGGAGGCGGAAGUGCCUGGUGGCCCAGCCCGGUAUCUCCGACUGCCUCGGGCCCAGCGAGCACGCGAGAUUCUGCCUCGAGGACACGAUGGAGAACGAUGUCAACGCAUUGCCGUCAAGGAUUGAAAUGGCUGGCGUAUCAGUGGGCGCCGUAGUGGGAAGCUGCUUAGUUGGCUUUCUCAUUGGUCUGGCUCUCACCGCGCUCAUGUGCUUCUAUUAUUUGAAACGCCAGAAGCCACGCAUACCUGGUAGUCCUCACUACAUAAGCAAGCAAAAUCCAUACGUGACUGUACCAUUGAAGGAGGUGAAUACAAAGCGGCAGCCGAGCUUCUCAGGCAGCACCAAUGGCACCCUGCGCACCGGCAAGAACAAUUCCAUCAUCAACGGCCUCGGCAGCCCAAAGCUCUACCCCAAAGCCCUCGAGUACGAAUCGGCGACGCUCAAGCGCAAUAGCCGAGAACAGCACAUACGCGCCGAGCUCGAUCAGGAGAAAUACUAUUGAAAGGUGGAGGAUCGGGUGUACGGUGUUGACGAUA